AUUAACUUCUUCCAGGAUGUUGCUACAGCAAACCUCUCUUGGUGCCUGGAGGGCGGGUGUUUGUUUGGCCCUUCGUGCAACAAGUACAAAAAAUUUCUCUGAAUACGAUGACUUUACAAGUCGAGAGUCCAACGGUAUACACCUGUCAAGGAGUUCCGAUAUCUGUAACAGGCAUAGCACAGGUGAAAAUUCAAGGACAAAAUGAAGAGAUGUUAUCUACGGCGUGCGAGCAGUUCCUUGGAAAAUCUGACGAUGAGAUACAUGAUAUAGCUCUCGUCACUCUAGAAGGACAUCAACGAGCCAUAAUGGGCAGUAUGACUGUAGAGGAAAUUUACAAAGAUCGUAAAAAGUUUAGCAAGGAAGUCUUCGAAGUUGCGAGCAGUGAUCUAGUUAAUAUGGGCAUUACUGUCGUAUCGUACACACUGAAAGAUAUUAGAGACGAAGAGGUAAGUUUGCAGCAUUUCUAAUGUAUAAAAACACUGUAUAUAAACAUGGUAUGUAAGUCGAACGCGUAAGCAUUCCAAAUCUUCAAUUAAGAAAAAUAAUGCUGAUAACAUGUACAAAUCGUAAUUGAACUACUAAAGUGUACAUAGUGUACAUACAAGUGUAUAGAGAGAUAUUCGAAAGACCCCCUUUAAACGAUUCAAUAAUGUCUAUUAAUAGUUGAUACGUGAGUAUGAACUUUUUAAAAUAAUUAUUAUAGUUAGAUCUUGUAUGUCGUGAAUAUUGAAUACAUUUUUGUUUUGCUACUUGCAGGGGGCAAAGGUACGUUCAAAUUUUAUUUUAUUACUAUUAUACCUGAUGUCACAGCGCACACCGCUAUGUCUUGUAACAUUAUUGUUAAUUCUUCAGAUUCUACAAGAACAAAAAUUUUUAUUGCUUUUUGUAACAACACAAUUGUGC